AUGGUGCCCUUACGUGUGCAGAAGAUAGUACUGUUCAUGCUGCAGAAAGGUACCAAGGGAUAUUACGUGAAGCUUGGCGGUAUUUUCAUAGGAUCGAUAGAAGGUUUUGCAACGAAUAUUCGCUCAAUAAGAGGAAUGAUUUACAUGCAUUACACUCCAGCACACCUCAGUCUCAAUCGAGUUCUCCUGCUCAUGCUUGGCUUAUGGCCCUAUGAGCAAUCGAAACUUGUCCCAUUGCAGAUUGGUCUGCUUUGCGGCAUCAUAAUAACUUUUAUGUUGUGUCAGGUGAAGACUUUGAUUGACAAAAUGCAGGAUAAUUUCGACAAGAUAAGGGACGAGAACGAAAUCGCUAUUCUUGACGAAUACACGAACAAAGCGAAACGUUAUACCACUGUGUCGACAGUGUUUGUCAUGUGUCUUAUAUUUGCGCUUUUCCUGUUGCAAUUUUGGCCAACUUUUCUCAAUAUAAUUUUGCCUACGAAUGAGACUCGACCGAUCUUCAUACUGAAAUUUAUAAAUCUGUACUUCGUGGAUCAAGAAAAGCAUCUCUACUUAUUUCUACUGCAUUCGAACGCCGCUAUUUGCAUAGGCAUCUUCACGACGCUCGGCACCGGAACAAUGAUAAUAUCAUAUGGUUACCACAUCUGUGGGAUGUUCAAAAUUGCCAGGUUCACUGAACUUCUAAUAUCCUCAUUCUCGCUAUGGUGUGUCUUACUGAUCGGCAUGGGUGUGUCUUGCUUAAGUCUCAAUUUAAUGCAAAUUUAUUUGAUACUGUCGUCCGGAUAUGACCUCGGAGAUUUGGCCGUGCAACUUCUCUUCUUGUGCGGCAUGUAUCUAUUUAUGUUCCUGGGAAACUACAUCGCCCAAAAAAUCACGGAUUACAACAAUGACGUGUUUGACACCGUAUAUAAUAUACAAUGGUACAUGGUGCCCUUACGUGUGCAGAAGAUAAUACUGUUCAUGCUACAGAAGGGUACCAAGGGAUAUUACGUGAAGCUUGGCGGUAUUUUCAUAGGAUCCAUAGAAGGUUUUGCAACGUUGCUGAGCGCCACGAUAUCUUACUUCACUGUUAUUUAUUCAACGCGACAAUAA